AUGGCGGGCAUUGAGCAGUUAGAGAUCCAUAGCAAGUCCUACAUCGUACGAUGGGUCAGAGUCGAUGAGGGCCAUACCAUUUCCUGGAGUGUUCAACCACACAAGAAGUCCAUUAACUUUGGCGUUGUGAAGCACCCAGGGACAGGCCCCGCCGGCCUCAUCGCGAACCACAACGACGAUGCUGCGACGCCAGGUUCUUUUACCUCUGGCGUCGCCGAACCCAAGAAAUCUUUCGCCAGGCGGGACUCAAGCACGGCCCAAGAGCAGCUCGCCAACAAGGGCUUUAUCCCUAUAACAUGGCACGGGAAAUGUGAUGCCGACAAGGUGUCGACGGGCACUUGGGAUGUACCGCCGGGCCAGGGCGGCAUGUACGGCUUGGUCUUCGACAACACCUUUUCCAAGCAGAUCUCCAAGACAGCCACCUUUGUUCUCCUUACCUACCCGACCGGCGCACCGCCCCAGACCACCGCUCAAACAUUCCCGAACCUCCAAGCCGGAUCGAAUGCGACCGCCAGCAAAACUAGCCUGCCCCAGAUGGCCACCCUUACCUCUGCCUCCCAAGACAGCUUCCACAGCCACGUGGCGCCAGCAGGCCGCCCGACCUCAGCCUCGGGUCGCAGCGACGGAAACGCCAACUACCACACCGGAAUUCUGCACAAGAGAAGGAGAAAGAAGGGCCAGGGUUACGCGCGCAGGUUCUUCUCGCUAGACUAUUCGUCCUGCACACUUUCCUACUACUACAACCGCAAUUCGUCUGCCCUCCGCGGUGCCAUACCUCUCAGCCUGGCCGCCAUCGCCGCCGAUGAGCGCCGCCGGGAGAUCAACAUCGACUCGGGCGCCGAGAUCUGGCAUCUGCGGGCAUCCAAUGCCAAGGAUUUCAACGAUUGGGCCAAGGCCUUGGAGAAGGCGAGCCGCGCCGCGAGAGGCGUGGAAGAGCAGAAGCCCAACAACAGCAGAGAUGCCCCCUUGAGGGUCAGCACCACGCAUUUGAAGCCAACGCAGUCGAACCCGGACGAGGAUCGCGAAUGGCAGCAGGUCGAAACUCUCGUCAGCCGAAUGGUUGGCACCAGGGACGCACUCCGUCGCUUGGUAAAGGACAUGUCCACCCCCCAGAGACCCGUCAGCGUGGCCGCGUCCAACUUCCUAUCGCCGGGCGGCGAAGACCAUGACGGCUAUUUUACACCCCCUACCACUACGGAGCAGUCGCAGCGACGACCUUUCUGGAAGCGCAAGUCGAGCAACGCCACCCCUACAGCAUCCACGGCUCAAGCCGCUGCCGCGGCCGCGGCCGCGGCCGCCCUCGCCGUUCCGUCUUCGACUUCCGUGACGACGACCACGAGCGCCAAUGGCCAACACCACUCGAAGCGGAAGUCAUCCCACGAAGAGAAGAGCACCCAGGAGCACUGCGCAGCCGUCCUCAAUGACCUCGACUCGGUUGUGUCCGAGUUCACGACCCUCAUUGCCAACAGCAAACGUCGUCGCACACCCGCUCCCCUGUCGGCUGCACCCUCCCGGCGGAGCAUGGAAACAGUGUCAACAGAAGAGUUCUUCGAUGCCGAAGCCGGUGAAACAAACUCGCAGAUCGUUAGGAUUGCUCAGAGCGAGGACGAGAGCCCGGACUCGGAAGCUGAUGAACACCUGAGUGACUCGUCUUCAAUCUCGUCGGCUCAAGAGGACGACGCUUUCGUUUCAGACGGUACAAAUUGUUAUCCUGCGAAGCCGAAGAGCUUGGCUCCGCUGCCAGUGGAUAUCUCGGUCGACAGACGAAUCAAGAUCCCCCCGGCCUUGGUACAGCCUCCGAGUCUGAUCGCGUUCGUGCGGAAGAACGUGGGCAAGGAUCUUAGCACUAUCAGCAUGCCCGUGUCUGCGAACGAACCCAUCUCGCUUCUGCAGCGCGUUGCCGAACAACUGGAAUACGCUCAGCUCCUUGAUGAAGCUGUCCGGCAGAAAGAAGCCAAGGACCGCCUUCUCUAUGUAACAGCAUUCGCAGUGUCGCAGUUCAGCACCGGUCGCGCAAAAGAGCGCGCUAUUCGCAAGCCUUUCAAUCCUCUUCUCGGCGAGACUUACGAGAUGCUGCGGACAGAACAGGAGGUUCCUGGAGGGUUCCGCUUGCUUGUGGAAAAGGUCUCUCACCGCCCCGUCAGACUCGCCAUGCAGGCCGACUCAGCCAACUGGUCUUUUAGUCAAUCCCCAGCGCCAUCGCAGAAGUUCUGGGGCAAGAGCGCCGAGAUCACAACGGAAGGCCGCGUUCGUAUUGCUCUUCGACUUCCGGACGGGACGGAUGAGCUGUAUUCGUGGACGCACGCAACGAUGUUUCUGCGCAACGUGGUGAUGGGCGAGAAGUAUGUUGAGCCGGUCGGCGUAAUGCAGAUCUGCAACGACUCGACCGGCGCCAAGGCUUCUGUCGAGUUCCGAAGCAAGGGGAUGUUUGGCGGCCGAGGUGAGGAUGUCCAGGUGGAGACGUACGGACCAGACGGAGUGCACACGGGCAGCAGUCUAUCCGGUACAUGGACUGGCGGUCUUCGCAUUGUUCAGGCCGGAAAGGGCGCCGGUCAAGAGAUCUGGCACGUUGGAAAGCUUGUCGAGAACGCUGCCAACACGUACGGAAUGACCAUGUUUGCAGCUGGCCUCAACGAGAUCACCGAGAUCGAGAAGGGUAGGCUGCCACCCACCGACAGUCGACUCAGACCGGACCAGCGUCUGGCAGAGCAGGGCGAUCUUGACCAGGCCGAGGAGUGGAAGGUCAAACUGGAAGAGGCGCAGCGAGCCCGGCGUCGUGUGCUCGAAGAAAGGGGCGAAGAGCACAAGCCCAAAUGGUUUGUCAAGGCCGGCGAGGGUCCGGAAGGCGAGGAAGUGUGGAAGAUGAGGACGGGCAAGGACUCGUACUGGGAGGAGAGAUCCAAGGGUACAUGGAGCGGCUUGGAGGAUAUUUUUGCCGAAUAG